UCUAACAUAAACGCUGAAGGAUAUUGUCUUUCUCUCUCUCUGUGUUUCUUGCUCUCUCUGUCUUUGUUUCUCAAGUGAUUGCUCCAUUGUACAGUGUUCUUUCUGUGAAUACUAUUGUAAAAACCUAAACUUUUACGCCUCUAUGUGAUUUCCUUCUUUACAGUUCCGAAGGAAGUAUAUACUUUUGUCCUCUGUCAUUCCUUGUUCACAAAUCGAUUGUUUUGUUUUUUUGUCGGAAAGUUCCUUCCUUUCUUGCUUAUACAACAAGUUUGAGCAUCCCAAGAUCGGAUUGAAGUUUCUUGCUUUGUAAAUCUACUAGACCCACAUGCAGAUUCCGGGUCGUUUUUGUUUGUUGGUUUUUAUUUGCGCAGUUCUUGAGUUGUACAAGAUGUUUUUCAAGAGCUUUCUUGGGUUUUUGGCCAUGGAUUGUACUUCAUGUUUAAAGUUUCUGAGUCAGAUCAGUGGGUUUGGAUGUGGGUUCUUGGUGUUUGGGUGUUCCUCACAGGUUUUUGGUUUUUUGGAGUUGUUUUUGAUGUUUGGUUUGGGGAUAAAAGCUUUGCAACUUGGUUGGUACGGUAAGGGUUUGAUGCAAUUUUUGUGUGACUUUAGAGGCAAAUCAAAUAUUCUAAGAAAAAGGUUUUGUCUGAAAAAUGGUGAGUUUGGCUCUUUGACAUUCUUGAUGAGUUCAAAUUCAUCAACUAAAGACGAUUUACUGGUAAGCAAAGAGGUUGCGAAUUCAAAUGGUGAUGUUAAAGCAGAGGAGGUUUUGGAAGAGGAUAAUGAAGAAGACGAAGAAGAAGAAUGUUAUGAUGAAGAUGAAGAGUUUGAUGUAAUGGCACUGAGAAAACUGGUGAAGAUAGAAAGACAGAGAGCAAAUGCUGCCAAUGCAGAGCUUGAGAAGGAAAGGAUGGCAUCCGCAUCGGCAGCUGAGGAGGCGAUGGCCAUGAUUUUGCGCCUUCAAAGUGAGAAAAGCUCAACAGAUAUGCAAGCCAAUCAAUACCGCAGGAUGGCCGAGCAGAAGCAGCAAUAUGACCAAGAAGUGAUACGAUCUCUGCAAUGGAUUGUCAUGAAACACGAGUCCAAUAGGAGUUUGUUGGAAGAUCAAUUUAGGCUUUGUAGGCAAAAGUUGAAGCUAUAUAUGAAGGGAGAUGAAGUGGAUGAACGUGAAGGGAUUGAUGCAAGUAUGAAUCUUCUAAAUUCCUCUACAAAAGAUUGUCUUGAUGAUGUGUUUAUUAGCUCUCUUGAUAUGGAUUCCUUGAUGUUGUAAUUUACCGAGCAUAUCUCGAACAAUACAUUGAUGUAACAAUCCUUUAAUUCCAAUUUAUAUAGGAUGGUUUUCUAAUGUUGGCUCCACUUUGUUUAGGGU